AUGCUCCAGGAUGCACUGAACAACACCUCCCAGAAGAAAAUAGACCAGUCGCAAUGCCCUCGCGACCGAGAGGCAGAACGUGCCAGCUCCAUGAUAACACAGUAUCUGCGGGAGAACGUCGCAGAGUUUCAACGACUGACCGAGCUUCGACAGCAGGGAUGGAGCAAUCCGAAAGGCGAUCGAUACUUCGAAAAACAACGCCACAAUGCCGACAACGCGGACAAGAAGAUGGCUCAAAUUUUCUACAAGAUGAUGAAAGAGAUCGGCCAAGAAAUGCACCGGUCAACCGGUGCUCUCGCAAUAACAAAGACGGCUGCGAACAGCCCGACCGUUCUGGACAUAUGUAUGGCCCCUGGCGGUUUUCUUGCAACAACGUUGGAUUUGAACCCUGGAGCCCACGCUCUGGGAUUCAGCUUGCCUGUUUCCGAGGGAGGACACAAGGUGCUCAUACACAGAGCUCCCAACGUAACGCUUAAAUCCCUUGACGUUACAAUGCUUGCUGCAGAUAUGGGCGUUACAGACUUCUCAGCAGAUCAUCCCGAAGCAAGGAAUUUGCUACCACAACAAUUCGACCCUGGACAACUCUUCGAUCUCGUCCUGUGCGACGGUCAGGUCCUCCGUACCCACGUCCGGGUCGCGCACCGAGAGAACCGACAAGCCUGCAGACUAACAGUCACCCAACUUGCCAUUGGGCUUGAGCGCGUCAAGGUUGGCGGGACUAUGGUCGUUCUUCUCCAUAAGGUUGAGGCCGCAUACACCGUUACCUUACUGUACAUGUUCAACAAGUUCUCUUCAAUCAAGCUCUUCAAGCCGGCAAGACACCAUGCCAAGCGCUCAUCCUUCUACAUGAUAGCUACCAAUAUUCAAAGCCAGCACUGCGAGGCUGUCCUAGCGGUGGAGAGGUGGAAGAGGCAGUGGAAAGCCGCAACGUUUGGAACGGAUGAAGAACACAAGGAAGAGCUUCGCGCGGUAUGUUUGAAUGCAGAGGAGGUACUGGGAGAGUUUGGGUCAGAGCUUGUGAGUUUGGGAAGGGAGGUAUGGGGAAUACAGGCGAGGGCACUGGAGAAGGCGCCGUUUAUUAAGAAAUGA